AUGUAUUCACGAGCACCAACGAAUCGGCGUCGAAUGAAACAUUUCACGGACAGAGACGAUCCUGGAGCUGCGUUGAUUGCCUUCUCACGCUCAUUCAAGAAGAUACGUCGAACGAAAACCACGAAAGCUCGACGCAGACUUCACUUGUCGGCUCGUUGGAAACGUGCGCAAAGUCUGCCGAAUCUUUGCGAUCUGCUAGACGUUGUCUCGAAAUACUAUCAAUGUCGAGAGCCACCACCACCACCACCAGCACGUUUCGAGGCGAUUUCAGCGCGUGUGCUACACGGCUACUCGAAAUGUGGCGGCCAACGCCGCAACCGCAAUCGUUCGAAUUCUCUGUUCACAAGCGCUCUACAGUUGCCCUCGUCGCGUAUAGUGCUUCAGGAUGGUGGUUUUUUCACAAAACAAUACUUGUCGGCUCAUUUGGAAGUGGAUGAUCGCCAAGAGUUAGCGCUGAAAGUUAACGGCGGUCCGAGACUACAUCCAAUUGAUGCCCUCUCGGGGUAUGGAUUCGCAUUCUCCGGAUCGGUUGAGAAUGAAAAUCGGUCAAGUCAGCAAUUGAAUGUGAAUUGCGCAAACAAACCGUCACCAACUCCUCACAAAGUCAGUGUUCGAGAGGUUUACAACAAAGACAAGGUCUGUUGUACCGAUUCUGAUCACUGCUAA